UCACCAUCCUAGCGAUUAAUCCUGGCUUUAACAUGGCUAGAAAUAAGCAAGAUCUCUUGUCACCAGAGAUUGUGAACUGUGGGAUCAAGUCCUCCGGGCCUAAUGCCGGUUCCUUAACCUUUCCUGUCAGGGUUCAGAGGCGUAUCCCGGAUUUCCUUCAGUCAGUGAGCUUGAAGUAUGUGAAGUUAGGGCACCAUUAUCUGAUCAAUCAUGGGAUUUACUUGGCUAGCAUACCAGUUUUGGUGCUUGUUUUUAGUGCGGAGGUGGGAAGCCUUAGUAGGGAAGAGCUAUGGAAAAAGCUAUUGGAAGAUGCUAGCUAUGAUCUUGCCACAGUCCUCUCUUUUUUCACCGUCUUUGUAUUCACAAUUUCUGUUUACUUUAUGUCAGGGCCUCGCUCCAUUUAUCUGAUUGACUUUGCAUGUUUUCGUCCUCACGAUGACUUAAAGGUGACCAAGGAGCAGUUUAUUGAAAUGGCAAGAGCAUCAGGCAAGUUUGAUGAGGCUAGUCUUCAAUUCCAGAAAAGGAUUUUGAAAUCAUCGGGAGUUGGGGAUGAAACUUACCUUCCCAAGGCAGUGAUGUCUGAUGAGAACAAUGCAACCAUGAAAGAAGGUCGCUUGGAAGCCUCAACUGUGAUGUUUGGGGCACUCGAUGAGCUCUUUGAGAAGACAAGGAUUCGACCCCAGGAUGUUGGAGUUCUUGUUGUGAACUGCAGCAUCUUCAAUCCAACUCCGUCUCUCUCUGCAAUGAUCAUCAACCACUUCAAAAUGAGAGGCAAUGUUUUGAGCUACAAUCUUGGUGGGAUGGGCUGCAGUGCUAGGCUCAUAGCAGUGGACUUGGCUCGUGACAUGUUGCAAGCGAACCCGAACAACUAUGCUGUUGUAGUGAGCACUGAGAUGGUUGGUUACAAUUGGUACCAAGGGCGGGACCCGUCUAUGCUUGUUCCGAAUUGCUUUUUCAGGAUGGGAUGCUCCGCAGUCCUUUUGUCGAACUGCCGCCAUGACUAUCGCCGUGCCAAGUACAGUCUCGAACACCUUGUACGGACACAUAAAGGUGCUGAUGACCGCAGCUUCAGGUCUAUCUACCAGGAGGAAGAUGGACAAGGUUUUAAGGGGCUUAAGGUCAACAAAGAUCUAAUGGAAAUCGGAGGAGAUGCCCUCAAAACCAACAUCACCGCACUGGGGCCUCUCGUGCUUCCCUUCUCCGAGCAACUUCUCUUCUUCGCUACAUUAAUUUGGAGGCACUUGUUCGGUGGGGAUAACUCCAAAGCAUCACUGUCACCAUCGUCAAAGCCAGACAUCCCAGAUUACAAGCUUGCAUUUGAACACUUUUGUGUGCAUGCUGCGAGCAAGACUGUGCUAGACGAGCUGCAAAAGAACCUUGAGCUCACUCAGAACAAUAUGGAAGCCUCAAGGAUGACAUUGCAUCGGUUUGGUAACACUUCUAGCAGCAGUAUAUGGUACGAAUUGGCAUAUUUGGAAGCUAAAGAAAGGGUUAAAAGAGGAGACAGGGUUUGGCAGAUUACUUUCGGUUCAGGGUUCAAGUGCAACAGUGUCGUUUGGCGUUGCAUGCGCCGUGUAAAGAAGCCUUCCAGGGAUAAUCCCUGGCUUGACUGCAUUGACAGAUACCCUGUAGUACCUUAAACUGCGUUGUAGCUUGGCUGAUAAUAAUGGAAUUUUUAUUUUUUUCUUACUCUUGUUAAUCACAUGGAAAGGGA